AUGACGGCCAUGGCGGCACUGCGUAUUUCUGAGUGGCGAAAGUUGCCCCUGAGCCUCACGGAGCUGUGCAUUGAGACGACCUUGCGUUGUGGCCAGUCAUUCCGCUGGCGCAAGAUUGACGAUGAAUGGCACAUGACCCUGCACGGCCGCAUCUUGUCUCUGAAGCAAGACAGCGACCAUUUACACUACAAAGCAACUUGGCCUGCACCUAUCUCAACUGGCAACAACAAACGGCUUUCCACAAAAGACCUCCCCAUACAGGAUCUGCCGGAUGACACAGAGGAUCUGCUGAGGCAUUAUUUCAGCCUCAGGCACAAUGCUGCUACUCUAUACGAACAAUGGUCACAGAACGACCCAAACUUUCGGAAGAAAGCACCCAAGUUUACCGGCAUACGCAUCCUAAGCCAGGAUGCAUGGGAGGCUCUCAUAGGCUUCAUAUGCAGCAGUAACAACAACAUCUCCAGGAUCUCGCAGAUGGUCCACAAGCUAUGCGAUCACUACGGCCCACUCAUCGGCCAUAUCGGGGACCAACCUUUCCAUGACUUCCCAACACCCGAGGCCCUGACGGGCAAGAAAGUUGAGUCGCAUCUGAGGGAGCUUGGCUUCGGGUACCGGGCCAAGUACAUAGCAGAAACGGCACGCAUGGUGUCACAGGAUACGCCCAAGGACUGGCUGGAGAGCCUGACAAACCCCGAGAACCCCGGGUGGGGGUCAGAGCAGUAUGGCAAGAUUGAGCGAUCCACCUACAAAGAGGCACACGAGAAACUCUUAUCGCUGUCCGGUGUUGGGCCAAAGGUCGCCGACUGCGUCUGUCUGAUGGGGCUGGGAUGGGGCGAAGCAGUCCCCGUCGACACGCACGUCUGGCAGAUUGCUCAGCGAGACUACAAAUUCGGAAAGACCAAGACCAAGACUUUCUCGAAGGUCAUGUACGACUCUGUCGGCGAUCACUUCCGCAAGAUCUGGGGCAGCCAGGCGGGCUGGGCCCAGUCGGUUCUCUUUACGGCGAACCUCAAGUCGUUCUCGGAUCGCGCGGCGGCAAAGCCCGAAGUCCAGGACGUCAAGGUGGAAGUCGAGGAGAAGGUGGUGCUCGAAGAUGCGAAACCAAUAGCCAAGAGGAAACGAACGACCGUCACAAAAACAGUGAAAGUUGAAGAUGGCUUGCAGCCGGAUAUGGCUGACAGUUUGGCAAAGAGGAGAAGGACAAGGUCGUCGAUGGCUUGA